UUGGGUCCCAGUGCGGGAAAGGCGAAGGACGCGGAGAUGGCUGCCCCUCGAGACGCCGAGAUCCUGAAUUCCGUGAAGACGUACUACGGGAAGGUGCUGAAGAAGUCAGCGGAUCUCCAGACCAACGCGUGCGUCACCCCGGCCAGGCCGGUGCCCAAGCACAUCCGAGAAGCGCUGCAGAAUGUGCACGAGGAAGUAACCUUGAGGUAUUAUGGCUGUGGUCUGGUUCUGCCUGAGCAUUUGGAAAACUGCUGGAUUCUGGACCUGGGUAGUGGAAGUGGCAGAGAUUGCUAUGCCCUUAGCCAGCUGGUUGGUGAGAAGGGACAUGUCACUGGAAUCGAUAUGACCGAAGGCCAGGUCGAAUCGGCUAAGAAAUACGUUGACUACCACAUGGAAAAAUAUGGCUUCCGGACUCCCAACGUGACUUUUGUUCUUGGCUACAUAGAGAAGCUGGGGGAGGCUGGAAUCGACGCGGACAGUCAUGACAUUGUGGUAUCAAAUUGUGUCGUUAACCUUUCGCCUGAUAAAGAACAAGUGCUGCGGGAGGUGUAUCGAGUGCUCAAGCCCGGUGGGGAGCUCUAUUUCAGUGAUGUCUACGCCAGCCUUGACUUGCCGGAGAACAUCAGGACCCACAAAGUGCUAUGGGGAGAGUGCUUGGGUGGUGCUUUGUACUGGAAGGACCUUGCCAUCCUUGCCCAAAAAGUUGGAUUCUGCCCUCCACGUCUGGUCACUGCCAGUAUUAUUACAAUUCAAAACAAGGAACUGGAAAGCGUGGUUGGUGACUGUCGUUUUGUCUCUGCGACAUACCGUCUCUUCAAACUGCCAAAGACAGAAGCAAUGCAGAGAUGCCAAGUGAUUUACAACGGUGGAAUCAAGGGGCAUGAAAAGGAACUAAUCUUUGAUGCAAAUUUCACAUUUAAGGCAGGGGAGGUGGUGGAGGUGGACGGACACACUGCAGCCACCUUGAAGAAUUCGAGAUUCGCCCCAGAGUUCCAGUUCAGACCGACGGGAGCGAAGCCAGCAACGUGUGGAGGCAGCUGUGGUCCGCAGUCUGAGGAUUUAAUCUCGGACCCAUUCAAGCUUGCAGAAGAAUCUGACAAACAAAAGCCCAGAUGUUCUGCCAAUGUGGCCGGCAGUUGCUGUGGCGCCAAGACAAGCUGCUGAGACUCCAGGUGAUCAGAAGACAGUGGUUAGGAGGCAGAGGGCUAAGCUGUCAAGCCUAAUUUGAUCUUCCCUAGAGCAAUGGCCCAAGGCUGUGGUAUUCCAGAUCACUGAUCAAUAUAAAUGAAAGACUUUUGGAAGGCAUUAAUUGAAGGGUCUAAAGCAAGUGGCCUAAAUAUAAUUUAGUCAAGUUUUCCUUUUUGUUUUUUUUAAAUUAAUUCAGAGUUCUGGUGCCACCUAGUGAUCAAAAAAGGAACACUUUGGUGGUUUUUUUUUUUGGAUUCUGUUUAUUCUGUGAAUUUGUUUUUACAGAAGCUGCACACACGAACAGAACUACAAUAAUCACUGAUGACUCAGCUCCAUAUUGCUAUAACAUCCACAGAGAUAAAAUAAAUUAAAAAUAAA